AUGGUGGGGGAGGAUUUUUGGAAAAAUAAAAAGAAAGAAGGAAAAGAAGAAUUAAAAACAAAAACAAUUAAAUAUCUAGAAUAUUUACCUUCUAGGGAUGAUGAAAAUAAAUUGAGUGAAAUUAAUGAGAGAGAAAAGAUAUUCUCUGACGAUCAACAAUUUCCAAAAGAAGACAGUAAAUCCCCUAUUUGGCGUCGCAAUUUGUUUUUAGUUGCAGACGAAGACGGUGCUGAUAUUUGCGAGUGGCGGUUUAAUAUUAAAGAAGAAGCUUUACAAAAAAAUAAAAAGAUGGAACAAGGAGAAGGAGGAGGGGGGCAACAGCCUUGGAGAGGAAUUGAAACACCUACUGGGCAACCAACAAAAUCUUGCCUUAAACAAACACCUCAAACAUCUUCUAGUCCAAAACAACAAAUAGGGAAUAGUAGUUACUCUCUGCAUCAUGUCGGCACUGAACCUGAUGGAGAAAGUUGGGAAGAUAGAGGAGAAAUUAGUUUUGAUUUAGAUAAACAACGUUUAGCUUUAAUUCAACAAAUGCAGAAAAAUUUAGAGAUACAUAGAAAACAUCAAAGUCCUCGACGUUAUCCAACUGUACCUUUUGAUGGACCUUUUUUUCGAUUGGAGGAAGUUGGGAAUAAUGUUCCAGGGACUUCAACUAGUGGAGGGAAAAUACCUGCUCCACCACCACCUCCCCCUCAAGGAUGGACUCCACGUCAGUCUUCAUCACAAAUAUAUGAACAACAAUCUCCUUUCAAUAAUCCUGAGGAAGAAGAGUUUGAUGAAGCAAGUGGAGGAAGAGUUGUUUAUUGGCCAGCACCUGACCCAAAGAGCCGCCUUCCAAAGCAAGCACCUCCACCACCAAAAAAUUUAAGAGAUCCUGAACGAUUAGAAGAAUUUCUUAGACAAGAACAAAUGCAGAAAGAAGCAGAAGCUCUUCGGAUGCAACGAGAAGCUGAAUUAAGGGAUAGGCAGUUCCGUGCAUUACAACUUCAACAACAACAACAAAAUCAUAUUAGAGUUCCCUCUACUUCUACUUCAAACUAUUUUCCUUCUCCUCCUUCACAUCCUCUACCUGAUUAUGAUGAUUAUCAACAACAUCAACAAACUCAAAAAAAUGUUCGAGUAUUUGAAACACGUCCAAUAUCUGCAGAAGAAUCUUCAACUUCUCCAGAAUUUGCAACAAAUGGGCAAUCAAAUAGAGGAACUUGGAGGAGGACAUUUACUUUAGAUUCGAGACUUUCACGUGGAUUAACUAUUGAUGAACGAAAUGAAAUUCUAACAAGCGACGAAAGAUUAAUUAGAGAAAGAUUCAAUAUUGACUUAUUGAAGAGAAGAGAAUCUUUCAUCGAAAAACCAGAACAUCCACCAGAAAUUCAAAGGCUCGGUAGACGUUGGCAACCCCCAUUAGAACAACCAUUUAAGUGGCCAACUUCUUCCACUUCAACACAACAACCACUUUCUGUUCAAACUGGAGGAGAUGCUGAGGAGUAUCGUUGGGCACCUUUAAUUAGAGAACCUGCUUUUAAGAAAGAAACUAAACGUUUUACACCAGAACCUGAAUCCCCACCAAUAAGAGGACAUGGUACGGGUCCACUCGACGAUGUAGCUAGGCGACAAACUGCAGGUAUCAUUCUUGCUUCUCCUGAUGGAUCGCAUCGACCAAGGACUGAAUUCUCCCAUAUACGAAAACCGCCUGCUGGAGGUUUUAUGCCUCAUGCUCCAAAUGUUAUUCGAGUUUCUAGAGCGGAAGGAAAAGCUCAAAAAGGUGAAACUGGAGGAGGACUUCGACGGCAUACAAGUGAUAUGAAAUCAAAAGAACCAACUGAAAGAGAAUAUUUAACUAAUGAUGAUAUGAAUGGAGGAGCUUCGUCUUCACAAUAUCAAUAUAAUCGCCAACUUCCUCGUCAUUCCUCUACCAUUGUUCAAUUAGGUCCACUACCACGAGUAGAAGUUCGUCGCCGCAUUAAACUACUCGAGGCUCGCCAGCAGCAAACAAACCAUCAAAGAAGUCGAAGUGCUGUUUCACAUGCUAGAAGUGGUUCCUCUGCUGCUCGUUCUCCUUCAGCUCAGCGCAGUUUAGAAAGGAUACAAAGAGCAACAGCCCCAAGCCCAGCACCAGCUAGUUAUGCUAGGGCAAGAAGAUAUAUUCCUACGGCUUUACCUUCGGGCAUUAGACAAAGUUCUGAUCAAAUGUCUCAAGAAAGACCCCAAAUACCCCCACGACAUACUCGCCAAAUGGCUGAAGUUGUUCAGAAUGCAGCUAAAUCCCAUAAACAAAUUCAUGAACCUCUUUGCGCCAAAUUUGUGCCAAACACAUUUUCUACCCAAAAACAAAAACUUGAAGGAAAUGGGAGAGGAAUGUUUAAUGAAAAAAGUCAUAAGAAAAUAAUUCCUCCUCAAGAAGAAAAAAGGAAAAAGCAGUUAAUUUUGAAUGAAGAAAGAGGAGGAGGAGAAAGGAGUCAAAUAUUACCUUCAAGUACUGAUAGUGGGGAAAUACAAAGUUAUCAUUCUGAAAGAACUGUUGAACAUAGACGUUAUACAUCUAGAAGUUGA